AUGUUCCAUAUACUGGUCACGUUACUUGACGUACCAGUCGAAGACUAUAGUCGUAACAAAUCUGCCGCAUCAGCCGCACAAGCCACGAACGCUCUCUUUCAAUCCGUGACCUCCGAUGCAUCCCCACAACGGGCAGAACAACAUUCGUACGCCGCUCUCUGUACAGUCUGGUCCGAAUUGUUCAAUUUCAUCAAGCAAAGUCCCGCCGAUCACUCCGCUAUGCAACGAUUGGUCGACUGGAUAGUCGAAUUGCGCAAUCUAAAAGUGCAGACAUUGCAUAUCUGGAACAGAGACAUUGAACUAUGGACGGAUCUCCCAUUACUAGGUCCUGAGUGGCUUGAGUGGAUCGAAGAGUACUAUGUUCACCCCGAGGAUGGCAAGAGUAGCAGAUACAAGGCUUUUCGGGAUAUGUUGGAGAAGGAUGGCGGCUACGCUCUCUAUAACUUUUGGCAGUAG